AACUGAAAGUUCUUCAAAUGAAGGAGAAAUCAAAGAAUGCUGCGAAAAAGCGCAGAGAGAAAGAGAACGGAGAGUUUUAUGAGCUGGCCAAGCUGCUGCCUCUGCCGGCGGCCAUCACCUCCCAGCUGGACAAGGCCUCCAUCAUCCGGCUGACGAGCAGCUACCUCCGGAUGCGCAGCAUUCUCCCCGACGGAAGGGGUUUGUCUUGGGAGAGACCCUACCAGGGAUCUCCAGACAACAUAGCCCCUAUAGGCACACAUCUCCCUCAGACUCUAGAUGGAUUUGUUUUUGUUGUUGCAUCAGAUGGAAAAAUCAUGUACAUUUCAGAAACGGCAUCAGUGCACCUUGGUCUGUCACAGGUGGAGCUAACAGGAAACAGUAUAUUUGAGUACAUCCACCCAUCAGACCAUGAUGAGAUGACAGCAGUGCUGAGUCUCCGCCAGGCCCCACAGCAUCACUUCUUGCCAGAGUAUGAAAUUGAGCGGUCCUUCUUCUUGAGGAUGAAGUGUGUUCUUGCCAAACGAAAUGCAGGGCUGACAUGUGGAGGAUAUAAGGUAUGUAAAGCCAGUGGAUGACAAAUCUGCCAACAAGGACACCAAAGUUCAGUGGGUGCGUUUGUUUCUAAUUUCUUCCUUAUGGGCCUGGUAGCAGUUGGACACUCCCUGCCUCCCAGUGGUAUCACUGAGAUCAAACUCCAUACUAACAUGUUCAUGUUCAGAGCCAGCCUGGACUUCAAGCUCAUCUUUUUGGACAUGAGGGUGGCAGAGCUGACAGGCUACGAGCCUCAGGACCUGAUAGACAAGACGCUUUACCACCACGUUCAUGCCUGUGACAUUUUCCAUCUACGAUACGCUCAUCAUUUAUUGCUGGUGAAGGGUCAGGUCACCACCAAGUAUUACCGCUUGCUAUCAAAGCAUGGAGGUUGGGUAUGGGUGCAGAGUUACGCCACCAUUGUCCACAACAGCCGUUCUUCCAGACCUCACUGUAUUGUCAGUGUGAACUACGUCCUCACGUGAGUCAGCAGCCUCCUUCUAAAAUG